AUGCCGGCGGCAGCGGGGGACGGGCUCCUGGGCGAGCCGGCGGCCCCGGGGGGCGACGGAGGCGCGGAGGACGCGGCCAGGCCGGCGGCGGCCUGCGAGGGAAGUUUCCUGCCCGCCUGGGUGAGCGGCGUGUCCCGCGAGCGGCUCCGCGACUUCCAGCACCACAAGCGCGUGGGCAACUACCUCAUCGGCAGCAGGAAGCUGGGCGAGGGCUCCUUCGCCAAGGUGCGCGAGGGGCUGCACGUGCUGACCGGAGAGAAGGUAGCCAUCAAGGUCAUCGAUAAGAAAAGGGCCAAAAAGGACACCUACGUCACCAAGAACCUGCGCCGAGAGGGGCAGAUCCAGCAGAUGAUCCGGCACCCCAACAUCACACAGCUCCUGGACAUCUUAGAGACAGAGAACAGCUACUACCUGGUCAUGGAGCUGUGCCCCGGUGGCAACCUGAUGCACAAGAUCUACGAGAAGAAGCGGCUGGACGAAGCCGAGGCCCGCAGAUACAUCCGGCAGCUUAUCUCCGCCGUGGAGCACCUGCACCGGGCUGGGGUGGUCCACAGAGACUUGAAGAUAGAAAAUUUGCUACUUGAUGAAGACAAUAAUAUCAAGCUGAUUGACUUCGGCUUGAGUAACUGUGCGGGGAUCCUGGGUUACUCUGACCCGUUCAGCACACAGUGUGGCAGCCCUGCCUACGCUGCGCCGGAACUGCUGGCCAGGAAGAAAUACGGCCCCAAAAUUGAUGUCUGGUCAAUAGGCGUGAACAUGUAUGCCAUGUUGACCGGGACCCUGCCUUUCACAGUGGAGCCUUUCAGCCUGAGGGCUCUGUACCAGAAGAUGGUAGACAAAGAAAUGAACCCCCUCCCGACCCAGCUCUCCACAGGGGCCAUCAACUUCCUGCGCUCUCUCCUGGAGCCGGAUCCUGUGAAGAGGCCGAAUAUUCAGCAAGCACUGGCGAAUCGCUGGCUGAAUGAGAAUUACACCGGGAAAGUGCCCUGUAAUGUCACCUACCCCAACAGGAUUUCUCUGGAAGACCUGAGUCCCAGCGUGGUGCUGCACAUGACGGAAAAGCUGGGCUAUAAGAACAGCGACGUCAUCAACACGGUGCUCUCCAACCGCGCCUGCCACAUCCUGGCCAUCUACUUCCUGUUAAACAAGAAACUCGAGCGCUAUUUGUCAGGGAAAUCUGACAUCCAAGAUAGCAUCUGCUACAAGACCCAGCUCUACCAGAUAGAGAAGUGCAGAGCCACCAAGGAGCCCUAUGAGGCCUCCCUGGACACCUGGACAAGAGACUUUGAGUUCCAUGCUGUGCAAGAUAAAAAGCCCAAGGAACAAGAGAAGAGAGGCGACUUUCUUCAUCGUCCAUUUUCCAAGAAGUUGGAAAAGAGCCUGCCUUCUCACAAACAGCCCUCAGCCUCGCUCAUCACGCAGAUUCAGAACACCAAAGCCCUGCUCAAAGACCGGAAGGCCUCCAAGUCAGGCUUCCCCGACAAAGAUUCCUUCGGCUGCCGCAAUCUUUUCCGCAAAACUUCUGAUUCCAAUUGUGUGGCUUCUUCCUCCAUGGAGUUCAUCCCUGUCCCACCUCCCAGGACACCAAGGAUUGUAAAGAAACUAGAGCCACACCAGCCAGGGCCAGGAAGUGCCAGCAUCCUCCCCAAGGAAGAGCCGCUGCUGCUGGACAUGGUUCGCUCCUUUGAGUCUGUGGACCGUGAGGAGCACAUAGAGCUGCUGCCCCCAUCCCAUCACCAUAGGAUCCUGAACUCACCUAUCAGCUUGGCUCGGAGGAAUUCUAGCGAGAGGACGCUCUCCCCGGGGCUGCUGUCCGGAAGCAUGUCACCUCUCCAAACCCCACUACAUUCCACGUUGGUCUCUUUCACCCAUGAAGAAAAGAACAGCCCCCCCAAGGAGGAGGGUGUGUGUUCCCCACCUCCGGUGACCACCAAUGGCCUCACGCAGCCUCUGGGGAGCCCCAACUGUGUGAAAAGCAGGGGAAGGUUCCCCAUGAUGGGCAUCGGGCAGAUGCUAAGGAAGCGGCACCAGAGCCUUCAACCUUCCUCAGAGAGGUCCCUGGAGACCAGCACAUCCCCACUGCAGCCCUCUGCCCCCUCCAGCCUCUCCUUUGACAUGGCUGAUGGUAUCAAGGGCCAAUGUUAACACAGGGUGGCAACAUUCCAGGUCUCUGAGGACAGCAAUGGGACAGAGCUACACACACACACACACACACACACACACACACACACACACACACACGUCAGGGUGUGAGUAAUCAACAUCACAGGGGCAUUUUUAUUCUCUUAAUCCUGCCACACCAUGUCCCACACUUGGAUCAGCUGAAAUCCACAGAUUCAAAGUCCACACACCCCGACUCGCUUAGGGACCCUCUGAGAUGCUGAGAGUCAGGGGGAUGCCCCAUUUCAGCCUGAGAUCCUCUCACCAAUCACAAAGCCCUCACCACUGUCCCAGAUGGACUCCGAGCCGAAAAGCACAGCUCCGUCUGCUGGACCACUCAGAUUUCCAGACUGGGGCCGGGCCUUCCCUCCCCUGCUGUGUGUGCCUCUCGUGGACUGCUCUGUUCAACGGUCAGUCACAGUCUCACGGGACCACACCACCACUGCAAGGAUGUCACCUAGCUGGGGGAUCCCUUCACAGAGGGAAGCAGCUGUCUUUCCCCAACAGUGAGUCCCUGCGGGAGAGCAGAAGUCACAGUGCCUGACCCUGGGAAUCCUGGAGGAAGAUAGGACAGAACCUCAGCCAAAGAUGGAACCCAGCAGUGAGAACCCAGAUAGAAGGUGGAGACUGAAGGAAACACUCCUGUGUGAUGUUAUAACAGACUUUUUCUUUUCCUUUUUUUUUUUUUCUUUUUUUUGGUUGAAACUUGCUGAGGAUUGAAAGAACUUGUCCAAAGAGAUCUUUCUUUAUUAUUUCAUUAAAUUGUAAGUAACUUUUUUUUUUUGAGACAAGGUCUCAUUAAGUAGCCCAGGCUGGCUUCAAACUCAUCAUCCUCCUGCCUCAGUUUCCAAAAUGCUGGGAUUACAAGUGUAUACCCCUGUGUCUGGCUCAAGAUAGCAAUUAAAAAACAAAAGACAAAAAAAACCCUACAUGACCAGAUGGAAAGUACUUUUACCAAUCAUGUUUUUCUGGGAGGCUACAUCUCAGAUGGCCAAAAGGCUGGCUUGGGAGGUGAUGGUAGGAGCAUUAGACCACAGUGGCCUGCCUGAGGGAUGACAGCCUAGCCAUCCUGUGUUUAUGCUGUGGCAGCAGCAGAAGGCAUAGAACAGCUCCAGAUGGUUCUGAAGAAAGACAGGAUUCUUAAGGCAGAGUUGAGGCGGCAAGCAUGCAGCGCUGUUUUUCCGCUGUGGUUAGAUCUUAGCUGUUCUGCUGGGAGCAGGCUUGUCCACUGGGAGCACGUUUUUAGACGGGCCCAUCCCCAAGGAAAAUCGUGCAGUGCCCCCCAAAUGGGGCAUCAGUCCACGCUGUCUUCUACACCUUUGCCCUCCAGGAUUGAACCAAAGAUGCAUUUCCAGUUUUGUGGCUAUGCCGCCCCUGUGUGUCUCUUGUGGAACGUGGUGUUGUCUGAUCCUGCCCAGCUGGUACUUGACGGGGGACUGUCUGUGUGGAUCCUGGGCCCUGGUACUUAGCAGGGGACUGCUUCCGUCGUGAGUAGCAUUUUAGGGAGGCAAGGAAUUGGCACAAGCAGGAUCACAGUGUUUUAGGAGCUGAGCUAAGGAACAGCCCAGAAGCUUUGAUCAUUGACUAUUUCAGGUAUGAUCAGAGUCCACAACUAUAGCCAUCAUCUUGGUCAUCAGGUUCAUCAUGUUGGUCCACUGAGUCCAAAGUGGGAGGAUCUCCAUAAAAUCACAGAGCCAGCCUUUGGUGGGGAGGGGUGAGACACAGGUUUGCCAUUUCUCAUUUACCAGUAUGGCCUUCCUUUGGCCUCUCCACAGCUCUGACUGGGCAAGAGGAGAACAUGCAUUUGGCUGACCCUGGAAGCGGGGUGCUCUAGUUUUGGCUGAUUUUGGUAAGACCUGGGCUGCUUAAUCUCUAGUGAGGGACUCACCCCCUCCCUAGGGCCCCUAGGAGGAGGCCAAGCCUUUUCCAGCAGCUGGUGGUGUUCUUCAGCAUGGCUUCAGUUCGGCUUCCGGGACUUAACGUUGAAACUAGAACUCCUUAAGCAGAGAGAAGAAUCAUCUACAGACACCCUGUCUGUUUGACGGGGUGUGGUGAGUUUCGAUGGGUGAAGAGUCCUUUUUAAAGAUAACUGCCGACUGGAAGCAUCGGGCUCUACAAGCUGGUAGGAUUUGUACCCGUGUGCUGGGCAAACCCCGCCCCCUUGUAGCCCCUUAUGUCUUUAUCUGGCUGUUUGCUUUUCUCACACAUGUGUGUGCCUGUGUUGGUGUUAGCCUGUAGAGAAGGUGUUUCCCAUUCUUCGGAUGCUUCGAGAACAGCGUCAGAUGCACAACUAGUUUCCUGUGUUGCCGUGGUAACUGGGACUCUGAACUCAGGUGUAUAGUGAACCCAGUGAGAGGCAAAGGGGAGCAAGGAAGGGAAACAAGCUGUGUUUUGGGGUGUGUAUAAACACCCGACAGACAAGUCUAUGAAACCGAGUGAAAGAAGAAAUGUCAAAUUCUUUAUUGUUUGAUUAUAUUUAUGUGGAAAACUUGACUAUCCUCUUGUUAAGUAGAGAGUGUAUUGUGUGUGUGACCCAUGACUGUCCUUCACGGUCUCUGCCUGUGGUUCCAGUCAGCCUGUGGCUACCGAUGGGAACGACCAAACUGCCGUCAGAUGAAGUCCAGGAGGAAGACUCUAUUUUAGUUGUACGAUUUGGUCAUAAGUCAGGACUAUAUUUAUGUCACCAUUAUGGAAUAUAUGUACUUUUAUAAUGGCUGUGAAAUACACUUUUUC